AUGGGAUCACUGUUAGGCAGCAUUCGAAAAUCCUGCAGAAUUGUAUGCAUCUUUCUGGCUAUCGGCAUUGUGUUUUACAUCCUCCGAUCUCGCCAGCAUCGAUUUGUUAGCAUUGACUUCGCGGAAAAACAGGUUGAUAUGGGCGAAUUAAGGGAAAGAGUAAUUCAAAUCGUCAAGGCGUCGCGGCUUGCUGGCAGCACGUUCGAUGUCGACGUCGUACACCGCCAGCCCAACUCAACUUUCUUGCUGGUGCAAUUGGACCGGUCGCAGUUCAUCAAGGCGCCCAGAAAUUGGUGUUACGAAAACGCAGGACGAAAAGACGCCAGAAUCAGACCAAACAUUCAGGAGUGCUUUUCCGAAGUUGCACUGUCUGAUUAUCAGCAGGUGAAAUGGACGCUUAGGUUAAUUCGCGACGCAUUUGAGAUGGCAAAUGUAACCGUUGUGAUUACGUUUGGAUCACUCCUCGGCUCACUGCGAUAUCAGAAACGAAUGCCCUACGACACCGACUUUGAUCUGCUCGUUCAUCAGAAAGAUCGCGACAAGGCACUGCAAAUCUUCCUCAAACUGGCAGCUGACCCACUCCAUCGUAUGCGUUUGCUCGAUUUAAAGCCACUGAAUAUAAGUGCAAAAAUAGGACUGGCAUGUGAACCUGACACAAAGUGGAUGAAUCCUGAUAGGUGGACGAAUUUCGGAGGAAGUGUGCAAUUUCGCCGUGGUGUGCCGACAGGUCUCAAAAUCACGGCGUACCAUGAAAUUUUGGGCACCUGUGCCAUCCCCAUGGACAUGUUCUCGACUGCAGAAACCGACGCUGUCUUUGACAACAUUGACGAGUACGAACCGCUGUACCGACCACUAGACGGAACGCUGUUUCGUGUUUUCCGAGGAGCUCGCGAAUACCUCGAGAAAACUUACAACGCAAGUCUGGAUGUUUGCAUUCCCAAAUUCCCGAGAUUUCUUCCUGGCCGCUUCCAUAAUCUCCCUAGAAUGUGCGAAGAAAUGGUAGUACCGUGCAGCAUGUUAGACUUGCUUUACCCCAGAGUGAUCCAAUUCACGGACACUAAAUAUGACUCCGGCACCUACGAGGUUGGCAUGGAGUUUGAUCAUAACAGGCAAUGCUGGAUUCACUCAAUAUUUCACUACCGCUCAUAG